AUGGCAGAUAGUGCUUCUGAAUUAGAACUCGAAUCUGAUGCGAGUUCCGUUGAUGGUACCAAAGACUCAUUGGUUACAAAUGAACAGAUUUUACGACGUAUCGAAUCUUUACAGCAAGAAAAUCGAGUUUUAAAAACUGAGGUAGAAACUUUGAAACUCAAGAUCAAAGGUCUGAACGACUUAAAUCAGCAACUGAGGCGUAAUAGUGUUAGUAUACAAGCGAAAGCAGAACAGGAAGAAGAAUAUAUUAGCAAUACCUUGUUGAAAAAGAUCACUGAGUUAAAAAAAGAGAAAGAAUCACUCGCAUUAAACUAUGAACAGGAAGAAGAAUGUCUUACCAAUGAGCUUAAUCGUAAAUUCACACAACUCAGACAAGAAAAAGUUGCGCUGGAGCGUACUUUAGCGCGCGAACAAGAAAAUCAGGUUAGCAAAUUAAUGAGAAGAAUUGAAAAACUAGAAUCGGAUAUGAAUCACAAACAGGAUUGUUUGGAUCGCUUACGCAGAGAGAAAAUUGAAUUAGAGAAUGCACUUGAGCAGGAACAGGAAGCUUUAGUGAACAGAUUAUGGAAAAAGAUGGAAAAGCUUGAAUCUGAAAAGAAAAUAUUACGAGAGAAACUGGAAUCCGUUGGAGCUCCACUGCCCAGCCUUUCAAGCGCCCAAAACCUUGCCAGUAUUUCAGAUGGUAUACCUAAUAACAGUUCAACAGUUCCCCGUCCUAUCAGUAGUGGACCCGGUAGUCUUCGUAGCUCUUUCAGACAACACAGUCACCUACCACAUACUUCAUCUGGUUCAAUUGGUACCUCUUUUUCUGCUGUUACGUGUCCUGUUUCUCCUGGUAGAAUAUCUAUUUCAUCCGGUAGUGAGGAAAAAGCUCCCCAAUCAAGUCAGUGUUCUUCUAUCCCCAACGAUUUAACCCCGAAAUCGAAUGUAUCUGAAUGUAAUGGCGCACCAUUUACACUACCACCUCAAAGUCCUAUGGAUAUUGAUGCGUUGGAUCCUAAUGCAAGUGGUGCAGCUAGUCCAUGUGGAAGUGCUGGUCUGCAGUCACUCCCAACUACUUCAAGUCACUCACACUCUUUAAGAAGUUCUUCAACACCUUGCACUGUGCAUAAAGUGGUCAUUUCUCAAGAGUCAUCUACACCUAAUCAGUCAUCAGAUGUCGUUCUUAGUACUUCUGCUCACGUGAUUUCGACAUCAUACGUUAAUAGAUUGCGUGAUGAAGUUUGUCGUCUACGCCAAUUACUUCAACGCUAUGAAGCGGAGUCUGCUUGUAAGAUGCCUCAGUAUGAAUCAGAGGAAAAAUCAGUCGCUGAAGAAAACCGUCGUUUGCGAAAAUUGCUUCAAAUUGAAAAAGAAAGACGUGAGGCAUUGUCUAGACAUUUGAGUGAAAGCGAAUCAAGUUUGGAAAUGGAAGAUGAAAGACAGUUUAAUGAAGCUAGUCGUUCCACUCGCCUAAGGACGAUUUCUGAUUGUACAUCUCCAUUUCAAACCCCUGUUCCUGCUCCUUGGACAUCUGGAGGUGGUACAUCUUCGUCAUUGUAUGGUCCUGGCCAUGCAUUUGCUGUUGCUGUAGCUGCUGGUGUGAGUGGUCAUUCAGGUACACGAGUUUGUCGGGAAUGUGGUCAACCAUUAAUUAGUCCUUUUUCAACUGAUUCUACAUCUGUAACAAGUGGUCGGUUAGUCUCAACUUCAUCGCAUAAUCCUAACCAUGUGGUGAGCUUACGUAAUUGUUCUGGUCGUUGUUGCUCUCCAAUCAGUAAUGUAAACACUUCAGAGGCACAUCCAGUUCAUACUUCAAACUCUCCUUCUACACCAACAACAUCAUCUUUAAAUAGUGAUCAUUUUGUAAAGCCAACUUACCCAGCUGCUAAUAAUACCUGUUAA